AUCGUUGUGUACGAUCGUUUUUGGGGCAUCCCUUUAUUCCUUAGUUUGGCCUGUUCGAAUCCCCGUCAUCCUGUUCUCGACAGCAAUUUAAACACCCACCCUUGACACCCUCUCAACAACUCCCCGCGCUAUCUUUGCACCGAAGCACGCACUCCCCUCAACGAAAAGCCGACAGUAUCCUUGGAACCCACCAGACUGCAUCCAACCUCUUCGAAACUGUACCUAGACGAAUCCAUCUUCUUCGCAAUUGAAUAGGCAUCAACCAAAUUUUUUUGUACAUCUCGCGCCGGUCGAAAACGUUCCAGAACGCCUAGAAUGAGACUGAACAAGGCGGCUCGAGUUAUUCUCUUUGGUGCACCUGGCGUUGGUAAAGGAACCCAGAGCGAGCGGUUGCUCGCGCGCUUCCCUCAACUCAACUCUGUCAGUACUGGCGAUCUCCUCCGUCGAAAUGUCAAGGAAAGGACACCUCUCGGCAUCAAGGUCGAGACGACAAUGAAGUCUGGUGGUCUCGUCGCCGACGAUCUCAUCUUGCGACUCAUCUCCAACGAACUCUAUACUCGAGGAUGGCUGGCUAGUCGAGGACCCGUCAUGACCCUCGCCUCCGAGGCGACCGCAAUGGGCCAACAUUCGUACGAUGGGGCCCCUCCUGUGGACUCAUUCAUCAGCAAUCCCUCCCUCUUUGACCAACAUGUCCCACCACGAGUUUCCGAAGACCCCAACGCCUCCUUUAUCCUCGACGGUUUCCCCCGAACAGCCGCCCAGGCUACUCCUCUCGACAAGCUCAUCCCCAUCAACCUUGUCGUUUCCCUCAAGACACCUGUAUCUGUUAUCCUGGAGCGAAUCGCUGGUCGCUGGGUUCACGAGCCUUCGGGCCGAGUCUACAACACUUCCUUCAAUGCGCCUCGCGUUCCUGGAAUUGACGAUGUUACUGGAGAGCCUCUCAUCCAGCGCGCUGAUGACUCGGAGGAAGUCUAUCGCGCUCGUUUCAAGAAGUUCCAGGAGACGAGCGAGCCUGUUCUCAACCACUACGCCCAGAAGGGCGUUCUCGUCGAGAUUGAGGGCAUGAGCAGCGACGAGAUCAGCCCCAAGCUGUUCCACGAGUUUGAGAAGCGCUUUGUCGACUAAGUGGUUUUGUCUAUUGAAAGGAUACCCAGCGCCUUCAAGACGCCCCAUUAUUAUUUCUACUGCACGUUUUUGGAUGUAUCUGUUUAUUCUAUAGCUUUUUGUUCUGUUCUGGAGUUUAUUGCAGCUUUCUGGAUGCUGCUGGUGGAGUUGCAACAAGACCAGUCUGUCGGAUAGACAUCACUGGCACAUGGCGCGUAUUGAUGGGACAAGUGCUCUACAAGAGCCUGUUUGUGUGGAUGUAUAUAACGAACGAUUCCCCUUUGACAAAAGUGUGGGUUGGUUUAGCGAACGAAACGGAUUUCGAGGGCAAAAUGUACAAAUGCUGGCCCUCGCUCUCUGCGUCAAUG